GGGCGGGCAUCCCCCCGUGGUGGAGUUGCGUGUUUCGUGGCUGUGGCCGCACGACAGCUUUCGCCAUGGCACCAGGACAGCCGCAGAGGAGGGGCUUCCGGCAGCGGUCUCCACCCUUCCUCAAAUACCUGCAGAGCAUCCUGCGCAAGUACCCAGAUGGGGGUCAGAUCCUGAAGGAGCUGGUGCAAAAUGCAGAUGAUGCGCAUGCCAGCAAGGUGGUGUUCCUGUACGAUGAGCACAGCUAUGGGACUUGCACCUUGGCUACCGAGGGGCUGAAACUAGCACAGGGCCCUGCGCUACUGGCGUACAAUGAUGGGGUGUUCAGUGAAGAGGACUGGGAUGGCAUCCAGAACACGGGUGACAGCCACAAGCUGCGUGACCCCAGCACUGUGGGACGCUUUGGCCUGGGAUUCAACUCUGUCUACCACAUCACUGACCUGCCAGCUGUGUUGAGUGGCUCCUUGAUGGGCAUGCUAGACCCACAGCAGGCAGUACUGGAGGAUGGCGGUAUGCUGUUGGGGCUGGAGGAUGCUGUGGAGCUGGCUGACCAGUUCCAGCCCUUCUGGAAGGCACUGGAGGUGCUAGGGCAUGGCGAGGAGGCUGCCCCACCAGCCAAGUACUUCCCUGGUACCCUCUUUCGCUUCCCACUGCGCUGUGAGACCUCAGCCAUCUCGGACAACCUAUACAGCUCGGAGCGCAUACGCCAGCUCUUCCAGGCCUUCCUUGCUGAUGCCCCCAUCUGUCUUCUUUUCCUUCGCCAUGUGCGAUGCGUGGCCCUCAAGAUCGUGGCCAGUGAUGGGACUGUCGUGGAGUUGUUGGAGGCUGUCGCUGCACCACACCCCCUCAAUGGCCCCUCAAACAACCAGGAUACUGCAGCUGCUGCUAAGCUGGUCUCCGUGGCCUGCCGCAUGGCUGUGUCUCUGCAUGGCACUGCCACUGGGAAGGAGCCUGGGCAGGACUGGUUGGUGGUCUCAGUGGCCACGAAGGCAGGUUCCUUCCCAGAGCUGGAGGAGCUGGCAGGCCAGCUGGGCAGUGCGGCAGAGAUGGCGCUGGCCUAUCCACUACGUGAUGCCUGUAUUGGACGCCUCUGCUGUUUCCUGCCCUUGCCGGCUACAGAGGAGAAUGUCACACGGUUGCCACUUCAUGUUAACGCUCCCUUCCACCUGACAGAUGAUCGGCGCCAUGUUAAGUGGGCUGAGGAGGACCAGGAGCGGGAUGGCUCAGCCCGUUGGAACCAGAUGCUGGCUGAGGAGGUGCUGCCUCUGGCUUAUCGCCACGCUGUGGCAUCAGUGGCCCAUUUCUCUGUUGACCCUUAUGGUAUCUGGCCAGACCCCAAGCUGAGCCAGCACCAGCAGCGCUAUCAGAGCCUGGUGACUCGGAUAUGCCGAGAACUGACUGCCAUGGAAGUGCUGGUGUCAGCUGACAGCUCUAGCUUGCGCAGGCUCCAGGCUGCUGAUGCCAUCUUCCUCCCAGAGCAGGAGGCUACAGGGCCUUUAGGGGAGGCCCUGGAGAGGGUCCUGUUGCAGGCAUGUGAGCCUUUGGCCAGGAUCCCACCCCAUGUGCGCCGGGCACUGGUGGUCGGUGCUGAGGACAGUUCAGUUGUGAGGGAGGCCACGCGGGCCUAUGUGCGGGGGGUCCUGAAGCAUGUUGGCACCCCUCUGUCCCCUACUGACAAGCGGCUCUUGUUGGAGUAUGUGGCAAGCGAUAAGCAGUACCAGGAGCUGGAGGGGCUGCCGUUGCUGCCAUGUGCUGAUGGUGGAUUCGUCCAGUUUGGUGAUGAUGGCAACUUGGUGUAUGCUGACAGCCAGGCCUUCCCCAGAACUCUUCUGCCUGGACUGGCUCAGAGCUUUUUGCCCCAGGACCUGACAGCCACCCUGAUGCAGCAUUUACAUUGGAUCGCAGAAAAAAAGCUUUUCAGAAAUCUUGUACUUCUGGACCCGCGACUUGUUGUGCAGAGCCUGAAGGAAUCCCUCCCUGCACACUGGUACAACCAAGAUGGUUCCUCCUGUGUUACCUGGCACCCAGAUCGUUCCCCCAGGCAGCCUCCCCGGCAGUGGCUCCAAGCCUUCUGGGGCUUCUUGGAGCACCAUGUUCCCUUCCUGACACAACUGGAGGGCCACCCACUCAUCCCUCUGAGCCCUGUGGGCCAGGGCGACUGCAUCCGGCUAGCGCGGCUGACUCCAAAAAGUACACUUUUGUUCCAGAGCCGUGAUGAACACAGCCUGCCGGUGGAGGUGGUCAAGGUGCUGGGCAGGCUGGGCUGCACGGUGAUUCCCAGCUGGGAUUUGGCAUUCUGUCACCGCCAGUUGACAACCUACAUCCUGGUGCCCACACCGGGCAAUGUCCUCAGAGCCUUUGCCAACCUGGGUGUGGACAGCGUGGUAGACAGCAUGGCCCUCCUCUCCUCAGACCAGGUCUGCACUCUCCGCCUUUUCCUCUCACAGGCACCAGCUUCUUCCCUCUCUCACCAGGAGGCUGAGGUUCUUGGCAGCCUGCCCAUCUUCAAGAUGCGCUCCCUCCAAUCCCCACACCCUGCUGACCUGGUGCCGGCCAGGAACUACCCGGCUUUAGAGCGGAACACCAUGCCAAUGGUGCCUAAGGGCCUGGUGCUGCCAAAGCCAGUGCUGUAUUGCCAGGAUGAGGCAGACCGCCGACUGUUGCUGCAGACCCGGGGUGGCCUGCUGGGGGCAGCAGAGCUGGCACUGCAGGCGGUGCAGGCCAUUGAGGCUGGUGCAUAUGCCAGAUGGGCAAAGGACGCCAGACAGCUGCUGUUGUGGGUGCUACGGAACGGAGACUUACUCUGGAGGCAGAGUCCCAAGCUGCGGGUGCUGUGCCAGAAUCUGGCAUUCCUGAACUGCGGUGGGAGCUUGGCAAGGGCCAGUGACCUCUUCGACCCCACCAACAAAACCUUCCUGUCCCUGCUACCUCCCAAGCGGUUCCCACCCGCUGCCUUCCAAGAGCGGGCUGUGCUCAAUUCCCUCCGUGCACUGGGGCUGAGGGUGAAUGAAACGGGCAUUGACCCCAGUGACAUGCUAGAGGCUGCCCAGGCUGUGAGCACCCUCCAGAGGGCUGGGGAGUUGGAAAGUGCCAGGAAGAAAUCUCAGGCACUGAUCCAGCUGUGCAACCAGGCCCCAGUGCUGGAUCGCUUCAGUUGGAAGGAGUUGCAGCAGUUGCAGAACCUGGCCUGGGUCCUUGCCACUGACCCAACCCAGCCCCAGGUGACCACGGUGUUCUUUCCCCCCAAGAAGCUGCGAUCAGCUGUGUACGUUCACCUGGUGGGGCUGGCAAUGGCACUGACGGAUGCCUUUGGGCUGCAGGCAGAGGAGAGGCUGGGCCUGAGCCGACUGCCCCCAUCGGAUAAAGUAAAGGAGAACCUGAUGUGCAUGGUACGGGCCUUCCAGCCCAGGGAUACCCAGACAGUUGUGUCCAAGCUGCAUGGCAUCUAUCAGCACAUGCAGCAAUACUUGGAUGACUUCUGGGUGGCACCAGUGGGUGCCACAGUGUGGAAUGGUGUGGGCUUCUCCCUCCCAGAGGAUGUGGUGUUGUCUUUCCCUGAAGGUCUGGACCUGAGCCACUUGAUCCAGAGGGUCCCCCAGGACUUCUUGCCCUACCGCAGGCUCUUCCUGGCUUGGGGUGUCCCAGAGGCAGUAGCUGAGACAGAUGUGAGCCAGGCCCUGUGCCAGUUGGCAGAGGAGAUUGAUGCCCGACUGAAGGGUAGUGGCACGGGUGCCGAGCUGAGGCUAGUGAUUGCCAUCCUGGACUGGCUGAAAAGCAGAGGAUAUCAUGGCAAUGGGGAACUGAUGGUCCCAGUGCAGGGCCCACAGGGGGAUGGCUUCACUCUGCGUCCGGCUUCCUCGGCCUUGUACUGUGACAUUGACUGGGCUAGUCUGGGCAACCUGGGAGGGGAGGAGGCUGACCUGGCCAUAGUGCAUGAAGCGGUGUCCCCCACCACUGCCACUUUCCUGGGCGUGGAGCUGCUGAGCACACGGGUGCUGCAGCCAGAGCUGUUUGAGGCUUGGGGUCCCUCAGAACCCAUCACCCUGCGCAUCCGCAACAUCCUGCGGGAGUACAGUGAGGAGGCUGACCUCUUCAAGGAAUUGCUCCAGAAUGCUGAGGAUGCUGGGGCCCGAGCCUGCCGCUUCCUGCUAGAUCUGCGGCAACCCAGAAAUGGGGGCAGCACUGCCAGGCUACUGGACCCUGGCAUGGCUGCCUGCCAUGGUCCUGCUCUCUGGGCCUACAACAAUGCCCUCUUCACCAAAGAGGACCUGGUCAACAUCACCCGGGUGGGCAGUGCCUCCAAGGAGCGGCAGGAGGGCAAGAUUGGCAAGUUCGGCCUUGGCUUCAACACCGUGUACCAUGUGACUGAUGUGCCAUCAAUCCUUAGUGGCUCUGUUCUCCUGAUCUUUGACCCAAAUGUCACCCACCUGCGCAAGCACAUCCCCAACCCAGCCUGCCCUGGCAUCCGCCUGGACCUGCACCAACGCCCCGUGGUGCUCAGCACCUUUGCCGAGCAGUUCCAGCCCUACUGGGGGGUGUUCGGGUGCCAGGUGCAGGAGCCCUUUGAUUUCCCAGGGACACUGUUCCGCCUGCCUUUCCGGACUGAGGAAGAGGCCCGGGAGUCAAGGAUAUGCCAGGAGGCUUUCCGCAUGGACCAGGUAGAGCAGCUCCAGUGCAGUUUCCAAGACUCAUGCCACCUCCUGCUACUUUUCUUGAGGCGGGUGCAGGAGGUGUCACUGGGGCGUCUUCUUAAUGGGGCCCCUUCACCAGAAGCUGCUCAGCCCCUGGCCUUGCUACAGAAGGAGGAGAUCCAGAACUUCUGUGCCAAAGAGGUUUCUGGCAGCUGCAUUAUGGGCCCGGCCAGCAUUGAGAAGCUUAUGGUGCGAUGGGAAUUGGACUGCACUGACAGCCACUAUCUGGUGCACACCUGUGUAGGCACAGGCGAGUCCUUGGCAAUGUUCCAGCAGGGUGCAAGUGAUGGCAUCCAGCCUUCACCUCCUGCUGCUGGCGUGGCCCUGCCUCUUACCCCCUGUUCAGCAGGGAAGUGGGCUCCAGACCUGACCAACUUUGAAGGGCGUGUUUUCUGUUUUCUGCCCCUGCCCAUUGUCUCUGGGCUCCCCCUGCACAUCCAUGGGACUUUUGCUGUCCAAUCCAACCGCAAAGGUCUCUGGGACACUACAGCCAAGGGGGAAUGGAAUCAUGUGCUGCUGCGUGAUGCAGUGCUGGCUGCUUGGUUCCAUGCCCUGGCUUUCCUUCGAGAGAUGGACCAGGAGGGUGUGCUGAAGGGCUAUGAGUAUCACACCUUCUGGCCUGACACCAGCAAAGCCAGGUACCCAUUCACCAAGACUGCCACUACCUUCUACCGCACCAUGGCUGAUGGUAUGUCUAAGGAGGACCUGGUGCUGUUCUCCAAUGGCCAGCGAUGGUGCACAUUGAAAUCUGCCUGUUUCCUGGAUACUGCCAUUGUCUGCCAUAAGCAGAUGGGACAGAUGGCUGCCAGAGUCUUUGCCAGGUUUCUGCCCAAACCCUUCCUGGCUGUGCCUCUGCCGGACUGGGUGAGGGCUGGGUUCCAAGCAAGUGGCCACAAGGAUGCCAUAUUGGCCAAUACAUAUGACUGGAGGAGGUUCUACCAGGAGAUUGUUUUUGCCAACCUGGCUAGGCUGGAAACCUUUGAGCGCAAUGACCUGGUUCUCCAUGCCUUGGACAUGAGCGACCCUGCAUUGGAUCAACUCCUGGUAUCCAUACCAUGCAUCCCCACCAGCCCCCAGGGGCAGCUGGAGCUGGUAGGAAAGCUGGUGCACCCAACAGGCAGGACUGCCCCACUCUAUGAUCCAGAAGAUGGGCACUUCCCCAUGGGACCCAGCUUCCUGAUGCAGGACAGGCUGUCUCGGCUGGAGUGCCUGGGUAUGGCCAGGGAUUCUGUGCCCAUGGAGGAGCUGAUAGGGCGGGCACAUACAGUGCAGGCCCUCUGGCAGCAAGAUUGCCAGCUGGCCUGCCAGCGUUCCUGCCUCAUCCUGGAACUCCUGCAGAGCCUCCUGAAGGAGACCUCUAACAACACUACCCAGGUGAUCUUCCGCACCAUCCCCUUUCUGCCAGCCACCCUGCCCAGUGCCCACCGUGACCUUCGCCCACCUGCUGACCUGUUCCUCCAUAAGCACCGGAAUUUGGUGGGUCUAAUCCAGCCUAUCCUGGCUAAGGAGGACCUGGGGGAAGACCUGAAGCUCUCCCUAGAUGUGCAAUCCUUCCUGGGGCUGAGCCGCAAGCCAACAUCUGGUAUGGUGCUGCAGCAGCUGAGGGAACUGUGCCAGGGCUCCAAUGCCAUGCCCAGGUCAGAGGUACAGAUGAUAGCACAGCAAUGCUAUGCCUACCUGGACAAACUGGUGGGGAAGCAGCCCGGAGUUGAGCAAGAAGUGGCUCAGGAGGGCCGUGCAUUCCCUUUCAUUUUUGUGGGGGAACAGUUUGUUCCAGCAAAGGUAGUGGCCCACAUGCUGCCUUUUGAUGCUUCCCCAUACCUGCACAAGCUGCCCCAGGAGUACAAGGAGUUCAAGGUACUCUGGGAGUGCAUUGGGUUGCAGGAGAACUUCUCUCUGGAGGACUACAUCCUGGUGCUGCAGGAGCUGGCCAAGAAGAAAAGUGGGGAGCCCCUGUCAGAGGAGGAGAAGAAGCUGGUGCUGCGGGUGGUGAAUUCAGGGCUGAUGGAGACUGUGCCGGAAGGACAGGCAGUUAACACCUACCAAGCCCAGGGCAUCUUCUUUCCAGACCAGAGCGGAGUUUUGCGUCCCCUCAGCAAGCUGCGCUUCGAUGACACACCCUGGCUGCCCCGUGAAAAGGGGACUUUGCUGUGCCAUGUUUCGAUUGCCCGGGAUGUGGCAAUGCGUUGUGGCAUCCCCACCACCAAGCACCGGGCGCUAGAGAGGGGAAAGAUCAUGGGGCUGGAGCUCACUCCAUGGGUGUCAGAGUUUGGGGCCCGGGAAGACUUGAAAACACGUCUGCAGAACAUCCUGUGGGAGUACUCCUCCACCCAUGAUGUGCUGAAGGAGCUGCUGCAGAAUGCUGAUGAUGCUGGCGCCAGCCAGAUCCACUUUGUCUGGGACCGACGUCACCACCCCACUGAACGCAUCUUUUCUAAGGACUGGGCCCAGCUCCAGGGCCCUGCCUUGUGUGUCUACAAUGACAAGCUGCUUCAGCAAGAGGACGUUGAGGGCAUCCAGUGCCUAGGUUGCGGGGGCAAGGGAGGGCGCCAGGACAUGACUGGCAAGUACGGGCUUGGCUUCAACACUGUCUACCAUCUGACUGAUUGCCCUGCCUUCCUGACGGGUGACAGUGCCCUUGGUGUCUUUGACCCCAAUCUCUUCUAUCUGCCAACAGCUACUGAGCAGUUUCCUGGUGCCAUGUUUAGCAUCAACAGUGACUUCAAGAAGACCUUCCCACAUGUUUAUGACACUUUCCUGCCCAGUUUUUUUGACCUGAGCCAGGGCGUGCUCUUCCGGCUGCCCCUGCGUACAGCGGAGGGGGCUGUCCGCUCACAGAUUUGCCAGCAGGCUGUGCGUGAACGGGACAUCCAGGAUAUGCUGGAGGAACUCAAGAAAGAGGCAGACAGCUUGGUCCUCUUCCUUAGCCACCUGCGCACGGUGAUCUUCUCAGAGAUCCCUGAGGAUGGGGAGUUUCCACGGGAGUUGCUGCGGGUGGAGACGGAGAUGAGGGACGAGUACAUGGCCCAGAGGCAGGACUUUCAGGAGCAGCUAAGCCAGAUGGCCACCCAGCGUUGCCAGCAUGGAGAGGCCAAGCCACUGAUGGUUGCCUACAAUAUGAAGGUCAGGAAUAAUGGUUCCACUCCCUGCACCCACUGGGUGGUGGUCAGGCAGGUUGGGGUGCAGGAUGCAGCUGAGGAGUCUCCAGACAUAGCGCGCCUGCCCCAUGGUGCUGUGGCAGCUUGCCUGGAUGUGGCCCUGCAAGGCAGCGCCUUCUGCACCUUACCAUUGCCAGUGAAAACCGGCCUUCCUGUCCACAUCAAUGGGAACUUUGCUGUGGAUUCGGCCCGCCGUGACUUGCACAAAGCCAAUAACAGGAGCCCUGGAGAGGCCUGGAACGACUUCCUUCUGCGGUGCGUCCUAACUCCUCUCUACUGCGAGCUCCUGGAGCAGCUGCGGCAGACACUGGGGCAGGAGCCACUAUAUUUCAGCACACUCUUGGCCUGUUCACGCAAGCUGAAGAGCAGUUACCUGGCAUACUUCCCCACUGUGACAGAGUGCGUUCCCCCAUACUGGCAGCAACUUGUCCGACAUGUCUACCACCGCAUAGAGGAGAAGUGCCUGCCUCUCUUGCCAGUGUACCAAAGGGAGACUGCCUCCCUGCUCAAAAUGGACCAGAUCUGCAUCAAGUGGACCACGCUUGGCCAGGGAGACUUAACCCAAAAGCCCUACUUCUUGUUGAAGGAGAUGACCCAGAAAAUGGACUGCAUCCUCCAGAGCCUUGGUAUGCGUCUGGUCCCAGCAUUCCAGGGUCUCUGGCAGAUCCAUGACGAGUUUGCCAGAGCAGGUGUGAAGGUCCUGGCCUUGGAACCCUCUUCCCUGUGCCAUUUCCUCAAGGCUCUACCCCUGAGUUUGCCCUGCCCACUUUCAGAGACCGUGCUGAAAGACAAGUUCCGCUGCUCUGUCCUGCUGGAUUUUUGCAUGGAACCGGUGGAAUUGAACACCCCAGAUAAGGACCUGGAGGGGCUGCCCCUUCUGGUGACCCAGGAUGGCAUGCUACGGCAGCUCUGUUCCCAGGAACCCGUGUUCUACAGCAAGGCCUACCGCCUCUUCCCCCAGCAGUGCCACCACUUCUUUGACUGUUCCAUGACCUUCAGAAUCCCAUGCCUCAAGGAUCAGGGCUUUCUGCAGGAUUUCACCCUCCAGGAGGCUGCCCAGUUUGUUCAGGAGGUGGUGGGCCGCCCAGGCUGGGAGAGCCAGUUACAAGAAAACCAGACGUGGUUGCAAGAAGUCUGGAGCCUCUUUGACAACCUAGUCUAUCAGGAGAACAGGGUGAAGGAAGAAGCUAUGAAAAAAGCUUUUGAAAACUUGAUGUCCCUUCUUAAGGACUUGGCUGUCCUCCCUGUUUGCCACACUCAGUCCAAGACAAAGCACUUAGUACCCUUGUCAGACCUCCCCUCCAUCCUCUACCCAAGUAGAGAUGAAAUGUUUAAACUCCUGAGCAAGCUGGGCUUUGCCAACAUGGAUAUCCACCUGCUGCCUCGAAGCAUCACUGUGUUCUGCAUCCAACCCCGCACACUGCAACCUGAUGACCUGCCUGCAUUACUGGGGCACCUGGCCACCAGAGCGGACCUUCGCUGGAACCAGCUGAACUCCUGUGAGACCAACAGCCUGCUGCAAUUCUUCCUCAGGGACAUGGAGAAGGUGGUGUGUAACCAGGCCCUGUUGGCCAAGUUCCGUUCCCUGCCCCUGUUCCAGACCCAUCUGGGGAACCGAGUAGCUCUGACUCCAUACUGUAAUGUCUAUGUCCUAGAUACCAAAAUUGCCAAGUCAUCUGAGACCUUCAAGGAGCUCUACCAGGUGGAUGAGCAGACUGUCUGGUUGCAGAACAAUGAGAUAAAUCAGUGCCUCUCCCAGAGCUUGAAGCUCCCAGUGUUAAAUGACCUGCGGCAUUUUAUUCAGCAUCUCCUGCCGUGCCUGCCCUCUUUCUCUGAAAGACAGUUGCAGGACAUCCUGAAGCUGCUGUUUGAGAUCCAGAAGAGUUUCAAUUGGGAGGAGCACCAGGAUGAGAGAGAAAUUAUUUUCACGGCCUUCCAGCCUAUCAGAUUCAUCCGGGACAGGGAUGGGGUCCUGCGCCAAGCAUCCUACUUCUACGACCAAGAUUCAAAGUUGUUCAAGGACCUGGGGCUGGAGGCCAAGUUUGUGCCCAAGGUGUUCUUUAAGGUGAUGGGGGUUAGCAAGCCAAAGGUGCAUAACUUUCUGCUGGCUGUGGGCAUGAAGAAGGAGCUCUCCAAGGAGGACUUUUUGAAGCUGGCCAGGCAGAUUGAGCAGAAGGCAGUGCUGGAUGGUGCCAUGGCUGGGAGCCUGCCUGCUGAACGCAAGGCCCUGCUGUGCCACCUGCUGUCCUGGAAGAGUGAUUCCUUGCAGGACAGCUUCCUUCAGCAGGUUUCCACCAUCCGCUUCUUGAUCUCGCAAGAGGUGCCAGCCUGCCUGAGCAGCUUCCACCCGCCCUUUGCCCCACCUACACAGCCAGUGGCUCUGAAGGGUGCAGUGCUGCACAGCAAUGGUAUCUCAAGCAAAGAUACCAUCACCCUGGCCUGGACUGCUGUCGUGAUUUUGUCGCUCUCACCUGUAGAGGAGAAAAGCAAGGUCGUGUUGGAGCGGCUUGGGGUACUGUUCAAGCUACCAACCAUGCUGGUUGCGACCAACCUGGCAAAUGUCUGCCGCGCACAGUGCAAAACUGAAGAGGAUAGGAAGAUGCGGACGGAAGCCCUCACGUGCAUGUAUGCCUUCCUGCAGGAUGACCUGGACAACUUUGAUGCUGCCUGCUUGGCAGGGGUCCCUUCAAUCCUGGUGAAAGGGGAAGCAGUGGCAGAGCCCAGCCAGGUGGUCAUCUCUCUACGGGAUGAGCAGGAGCUCUGCCCUUACCUCUUCACAACAUCUCCGCAGUUGGGUUUCUACACCAAGCUUUUGCAGAAGCUGGGGGUGGAGCUGGAGCCCUCCCUUCACCACUAUAUCCGGACCCUCAGUCAGAUCUACAGAGAGACAAAGGACAAGGAACGCCUGCAGCCCAACCUAACCAAGACGGUGCUGAGGGCAACUCAGCACCUAUUCCAGCUGCUCCACAUCUCACAGAAGCAGGCAGAUUUCUCAGGGGUGGAGGAGCUACACCUGCCCUGCACUGAUGGGAAACUGUACCCUUCCAAUACCUUGGUCUACAACAACUGCACCUCCUGCCACUUCAGGAAAGUCCUGGAGCAGACCUUCCACUUCCUGGUGGACCUCUCCAAAUGCCACCUGCCUGCCCAGGAGUACCAGCAUGGGAAGCUGGUGCAACUACUGCCCCAGGCCUUGAGACCCAAGAUGCUCUCGGAGAUCACAAAGCAGCGCCUGGAGGAGAAUUUGCUGAGACUGUGUCACUAUGGUGACCAUUGUGAGCAUCAGAGGCACUUCCAAAGGCUCUUGGUCUCCCAGCAUUUCCAGGAGGGUUUGAUGUCUUUGUUGAGGUGGCAGAGCGAGGAGGAGGUGGGGAAGGAAGCCAGGCAGGAUUGGCUUGGGGCCUUCUCAGGUGAGCAGCUGGAGGUGGUGUGCUGCAAGGAGAUCUGGACGGUGCUGGUGCACCAGGCAAAGCUGGUGGAGGGCAGCCAGCAUCAACGGGUGGUCUUUGUGUCCCGAGAUGCUGAGGGGCAGCGCCACAUCCAUCUGCAGCACUGGGAGAAGGCAACAGACCGCCAGGUGGUAGAGGUUACAAACACCUUGGCCACAGAGGUGAACAGCAUGCUUGGAGAAAUGCUGCUCCCUAAUUCCAUGAACAUCCUCAGAGAGAUGCUGGCUUGCAAGAACCCAAGUGAAGUUGCUGAAUUGUUGGAGGACAAAGGGGUCCCCCUGCAGCCCAUCCCCUGCCCCAGUGCCUAUGCCCUACCUCCACCAGGUGAGGAGAUCCCUGAAGAAUGGCAUGAUUGUCUGGACAUGAGCAUCCUUAACACCUUCUCCCCACACGACUAUGUGGGCUACCUGUACCCAGCAGUGCCAGGGGAGCGCUACCUGUAUGCUGUGGUGCUGGAGCUCCUGAAAGGUGGGCAGGUGCCCACCUACUGCAUUGACCUGGGAGCUGGGCGCCAUGAGGAGGUCACUGCCAAUGACCUGUACCAGUUUAAGAGGAGUCAGCCAAAGCCCUGGUGCCCUAGUACAGCAGUGGUACCAGUGCUAGACCCAGAGGGGCAGAGCAAGGAGCGGGAGAAGUGGUACCAGAAGUCCCUGGCAGAAAUAAAAAAGGAGGUGGAUGCCUGUCUGGUGAAUCUCUGGGCACUGCCUGAUGCAGAACGGCACAAGGCCAUCCGGCGCCUCUACCUACGCUACCACCCUGACAUGAAUGUGGAGCGGGAGGAGCUGGCCAAUGAGGCGUGCAAGUACCUACAGGAUCAGAUCCAGCAGCUAGAAGAGAAUGGGAACCUGCAACCUGCCAGUGGUACCAGCCCUAGUCCACAUGGUUCCAGGGGCUCUCAUGCCUUCUGGGGCACAUGGGACAAGCAGGCUCACCGACACAGGCAGAGCCGCCAGCAAUUCACAGAGCAGGCACGUGGCAACUUCCACUAUGAUUUCUGGUCACACCAGCAGACCAAGGUGUCCAGAAGCACCCAAGCUGGGGAGGCCAUGCGCUGGUUCCGGCAGGCAGAGAGUGACUUACGAGCAGCCUGCCAUGAUGUGGGCCAACAUGCCACUGAGUGGGUCUUCUACAAAGUCCACCGUGCUGUGGAGAAAGCUCUGGCUGCCGCCACAUUCAGUCACGGAGAGCCCUUUGAGCCAGGGCACAUGCUGGACACGUUGGCCCAGAAGGUGGCGGCCUAUGCCCCUCAGCUGGAAGGUGUCCUGGGGCUGGUGGAUAAGCUGGGAGACUAUGGCGUGGACAGCAACACCACACAGUAUCCCAGCUACCACCACCCACCCACCAUUCCCAAUGAGGCCUUCCCGGCUGCCAAGGAGCAAGAGGUGCUCAGGCUGGCACAGAGCCUGCUGGAUGCGGUACAGGUCUAUAUGACCCGGCCAUGAGACUGCCCCCAGGUGCCAAAGCCAGAGACUGUACCACAGGGACUAAAGCCUGCUUCUGGCUACAACUUUUUAGGGCUGAAUAGGUCUCCCCAGGUUGGGGGAAAGGGAGACGGGCUACAUGCUACAGCCCUGCUCCUCACUUCAUUCUUAGUUGUCUGUAUGGUUUUGGUUUUUGUUUUUUUCUGGGAAAUAAAUUUGCUGUUUUCAGUGUCA